GUUGUGGGGCUCGGGGGGGUGGGGGGCACUCUGGGCUCUGUCCCUGCGCCCCAGAGCCCCUCUCCACCCCCUCCCCAGGUCCUUCUCCAUCCCCCUCCUCUCCCCGCAGGAGACGCUGAUGGGGAAGUACGGGGAGGAGGCGAAGCUCAUCUACGAGCUGCAGGACCAGGGCGGGGAGCUGCUGGCCCUGCGCUACGACCUGACCGUGCCCUUCGCUCGCUAUCUGGCCAUGAACAAGAUCACCAACAUGAAGCGCUACCACAUCGCUAAGGUCUACAGGCGGGACAACCCGGCCACGACCAGGGGCCGCUACCGGGAGUUCUACCAGUGCGAUUUUGACAUCGCCGGGCAGUUCGACCCGAUGAUUCCUGACGCUGAGUGCCUGAAGAUCGUGCACGAGAUCCUGAGUGACCUGCAGCUCGGGGACUUUCUCAUUAAGGUCAACGACCGACGGAUUUUGAAUGGUGUGUUUGCCAUCUGCGGCAUCCCGGAGAGCAAGUUCAUCACCACCUGCUCUACCGUGGACAAGCUGGACAAGAUACCGUGGGAGGAGGUGAAGAAUGAGAUGGUAGGAGAGAAGGGGCUCUCCCCCGAGGCUGCGGAUCGCAUCGGGGAGUAUGUCCAGCUUCACGGUGGCCUGGACCUGAUCGAGCGGCUUCUGCAGGACCCCAAGCUGUCCCAGAACAAGUUGGCCAAGGAGGGGCUGGGGGACAUGAAGCUGCUGUUUGAGUACCUGACCCUGUUUGGCAUCACAGGGAAGAUCUCCUUUGACCUGAGCCUGGCGCGGGGUCUGGACUAUUACACGGGAGUGAUCUUUGAGGCUGUCCUGCUGCAGCAGGAGAACGACCACGUGGAGGAGUCGGUCGGCGUUGGGAGCGUGGCUGGAGGCGGCCGCUACGACGGGCUGGUGGGGAUGUUUGAUCCCAAGGGCCGGAAGGUGCCCUGUGUGGGGGUCAGCAUUGGGAUCGAGCGGAUCUUCUCCAUCCUAGAGCAGAGAGUGAAGGCUUCUGGGGAGAAACUUCGAACGACUGAGACACAAGUGCUGGUGGCUACACCUCAGAAACACUUACUCGCUGCGAGACUGAAGCUCAUCUCCGAGCUGUGGGACGCAGGGAUCAAGGCAGAGAUGUUUUACAAGAAGGAUCCUAAACUGCUGAAGCAGCUGCAGUAUUGCGAGGACAUGGGGAUCCCCCUCGCUGCCAUUGUAGGAGAGCAAGAGCUGACAGAUGGAGUCGUCAAGCUGCGAGAUGUCGCAACAAGACAGGAGGUUGAUAUCCCAAGAGAAAAGCUGCUUGAUGAGAUCAGGAGAAGGCUGGAGCCAUAGGACUUCUCUGGCCAGAGCUGCUUGACCGAACUGUACAACUGGAACCCUCCAGCACCCUUAGCCAUUCGCUUCCUGCUGAAGUCUGGUCACCUGAGGCUCAUCUGCUUGGGCUAAGGCAGUGUCAACACAUGCUUGGAAAGAAGGAAGCAGGUUUUAAAGGUUAUGGACGGGACAGUCAUGAGGUUAACCUUCUGGUUAACUGCUCUGAAGGAUGGGUCAGACUCGUGGGUUCCUAAUAUUGUGGUCCCUGUGCCUGUGCAGCUGUUCCCAUCCCCUGUAGGCAGUUGUGUUGGUGGCACAGGCACAGGUGACAUGGGGGCAGCUCAAGCAGGAUGAGGCUGAGCUCUGGAGCUGGGGGGUGGAAUCUGUGGCAUGUUGGGCACCUGCAGGCUCGGCAUGGAGGGAGAGGGUGGCAGUGGAAGGCCCCUCUGUCCCCUCCAAGGACUGCAAGGGCAUCACCAGGCUGCCAUCGGGUACAGGGAUGGAUGUGCUCCGGGGAGCCCGGCCCCUGGCACCGGAGUGUGGGGAGUGCAGGCCCCCUCGGGGAGGGAUGCAGCGGGGAGCUGGGCAGGCAGGCUCCGGCUGUUGUGAGCGUGGAGGAACUCUGUAUUUUUAUACA